GGCAGCAGUGCUUGUAAAAAUCACCAACACGACCAAAUGUCACUGUUGACAGUCUAAUAAGAUUACAACUCUUGUUUUUACAAAUAAAGCAGAAAAUAAUUAACACAAUUAAGCGUUAAGUUUACGUACUAUUUAACCAUGGCGUUGCCAGAAACCAGCGAAACGCCUGAGAAAAAAUCCGACGGACAAAAAGGUUCUGACAAAAAAGAGAAACUUGCAACUAAAGUCGUCAUCCGCCGAUUACCACCCAGCAUGGACCAGGAAACGUUUUUGAACCAGAUAUCGCCGGUCCCCAGCUACGACUAUUUAUACAUGGUAAAAGGGGACGCCAGCUUGGGGGAAAAUUCGUUCUCUCGAGCUUACAUCAACUUCUCCAACCCCAACGACAUUUACGACUUUAAAGAAAAAUUUGAUAACUACGUUUUUCUGGAUAGUGCAGGCCAUGAAUAUCCAGCGGUCGUGGAGUUUGCAGCUUUCCAGAAAAUCCCCAAACGACGGACUAAAAUCAGAGUGGAUCCGAAAGUUUCUACUAUUGAAACAGACCCGUAUUAUUUGGAGUUCAUUGAAAUGAUUAAUAAGCCGCCUGAGCCGGACGAGAAACCGGAGUAUUCAUACCAAAUUACAGACAACAAAAACGAGGCAAAUGAAAUAACACCUUUGUUGGAAUACGUGAAAAAUAAAAGAGUGGAGAAGAUGCGAAUCCGGGAGGAGCGCAGAGAAGAGCGGAAGCGGAAAGAGUUUGAAAGAAAAAAAUUCAGAGAUGAUGACCGAAAAAAAAGGUAUGAGGAAAGGUCACCAGUCAAGAAUAAUAAAAACCAGUACACCAAAGUGGCAAGUCCUAAGGAGAAAACAGAAAAUAAGGAAUCUGAUAAACCUAAAACAGAAGAAGCAACCAAAAGCACGGAAGAUAAAACUCCCGAAAAAGAAGAAGUUGACAAGUAUGAAAAACCGGCCCCCACGUCGUAUUACAAAGGUAGAGACAAAAAGUAUGAUGACCGGAAAAAAGACAUCAAAAAUAAAUAUGUUCCUAAGAAGGAAUACGUUGAUAAGCGCGAAUUCAAAAGCCGGCGAGAAGACUACAAAGAUAGAGAUUACAGGUCAAAGUAUGAUGACUAUAAAAAAGAAGAUGCGAAAGUUUACCAAAAGAAAGUAAAAAAAUAUAGUGAGAAAAGAGAGGAGAGAAAAAUUGAGGCACAGAAAGCGGAACAGAAGAAGCUCGAGCAGCAACAGCAACAAGAAACUUCGCCCAAAACUGAAGACAGUGUGAAGACAGUUGAAGAGAAACCCGCUGAAAGUAGCAAGAAGGAUGAAGAGAAAGCGUCACCGAGCAAGGAAAGUGAACCUAGUCAAGAAUGUGCUUCAAAAAACACAGAAAAAGAAGCAAAAUGUAAAGAGGGCGAAAUUCAGUCACAAAGGAGAAUCCGGAAUAAAGACAGGCCCACAAUUGCUAUUUACAGGCCUGGGAUGUUGUCCAAGCGGAAACAAACAGACGGAGACCCAGAAACCAAGGAAAAUAAAAAAGAAUAAUUUAUUGGAUUUGUAUGUGAUUAAACGUAAAUUAAACACUCGUGUACCGAA